UGGAUCACCUAGUGAUCUAUGUCCAGAUCCCAAGUGUUAUUAUCACCUUCAACCUUAGUUGCACCAAAAACCAAGAUCUGAGAGAGAGAGAGAAAGUGAAAAGAGAGAGAAGAGGCUAUGGAGAUUAGAGCUAUGUUAACGUUGCUAUUCCUCUCUUUCUGCUUCUUCUCCACCAAUCUCGUUCCCUCCGCUCUCGCUAUCUGGCUCACCUUACCCGUCACCGGCACCAAAUGCGUCUCCGAAGAAAUCCAGAGCAACGUCGUCGUUUUGGCCGACUAUGUCCUCGUUUCUGAUGAUCAUUCCCACAAUCCCACCAUCGGCGUCAAGGUGACAUCACCAAAUGGAAAUAAUCUUCAUCACAAGGAGAACACAACACAUGGUAGUUUCGCAUUUACAACUCAAGAGACUGGGAACUACCUGGCAUGCUUCUGGAUGGAUGGGCAAAAGCAAGGAGGUGGCGAGGUUAAUGUGAACCUUGAUUGGAAAAUUGGAGUCGCAGCCAAGGAUUGGGAUUCAGUUGCUAAAAAAGAGAAGAUUGAGGGAGUUGAGCUUGAGCUAAGAAAGCUAGAAGGAGCAGUAGAGGCCAUCCAUGAGAAUUUGCUCUAUCUGAAGGGAAGGGAAGCUGAGAUGAGGAUCGUGAGUGAAAAAACUAAUGCCAGAGUAGCAUGGUUUAGUAUUAUGUCCUUAGGAGUCUGCAUUGGCGUUUCAGCUUUGCAGUUGUGGUAUUUGAAGAGAUUCUUCCAGAAGAAGAAGCUUCUAUAGAUUGUGGUCAUGUUAAUUUAAUUUUGUUAGUAAAUCAUCGAACAUAUAAUAACAUACAUUUUUUAUGAACUCUACUUAGUACUUACACGUAGUUGACAGGAAUUUUUUACACCACCUUUAUAGUAUCCAACUUUCCUUAUCCACAGAUGUUUAUUAUAAUGGAUUUAGUAACUGCCA